CUUUACUUCCUCUUUCUGGUGCUCUGUUACUCUUGAAACAAACAGAACUUCAGAAACACACAAGAAGAGACAAAAAAACAGCUUCAUAUGAGAAGGUGAGAGAGCUCGUUUAUUAUAAUGAAUAAAUUAAUUCCACAUGUCCUUUUUCAAAAUAGACAGAGGAGCAAGAAACAUGCUUUACUUCAAAGAACUCGUGAAGGUGGCGUUUCUGAUAGACACGUGCGGCGUUCAGGUGACGUUUCAAAGCUCUCUCUUGAAAUAUCUGUCAUAAAUGAACUUUAAUCCCUCUAAGGGAUAACAGAGAAUUAUUACAGUCUCAUCCAACAUAGAUCUUAAACGAACAUUAAGUGGCUUCCUUCCAUCAGUUGCAAUGACCUGGAUUGACUGUUUUUCCAUUACUUGAACAAGGAAAUGAGAGCGCUUUAAAAAAGGAAAUGAUUUUUUUCUUGUUCCAGUUUUUUUGGGAAAUCAAACUGUAAAACCAAUACAGUUCCCCAAGAAUGACUCAGAUUGCCUUCGUAUGGACCGUCCGUUGAACAAGAGUUCGGAUUCACCUGCCAGCCUGAGGUCAGUCCAUAAUCAACUGACAGACAGAGGAAACUCAUUGGAUUACUUUUCUUCACUUAACAACCUAAAUGGCUUUCCUGACUCGCAAGCUUUUGGCACUUACGGUUGUCCUUGGUGUGGUUCAACUCGUCGUUGGCUACAGCUAUAGAAACUGUAUUGAGGAUCAGUGGUCACAGCGGAAAAGCUUCCACUGUACCAGGAGGUACUUUGGGAACAUGUCUUACAUGACACAGGACCUGCCGGUGACUGCUGUCAAUCUCACCAUCAGUCAUUGCAAUGUGAGUCGCAUUGACGACAGCUUGUCUCAUCUAUCAAACCUUCAGCACCUGAGUAUAAGCCCUUGUAACCUGAGGAUCAUCGACAUGAAAGCUUUCCAAAAAUUGAGUAAACUUAAAACUUUAGAUCUGUCCUUCAACGAAUUGUCUGAGCUCAAACCUUUGUUGUUUGAGGAUCUGCACAACCUCCACUCCCUCUUGUUGGCUCACAACAAACUACGAGCUCUCCCUGAGGAGGUUUUCUUAAACACUCUAGGUCUUGAGACUUUAAACAUGGGGACAAACCUGCUCACCAAUUUCUUUAAUGUUGCCAAAUCUGUAUCGCAUCUGAUGAAUCUGACGGUUUUGGACCUCAGCUUCAAUCAUUUCACCUCUUUGAGUUACUCUAAUGUGUCUUUGCCCAGAUCCCUCACAAAACUCUCUCUGAGUGGAAACAAUUUGCUCACAUUAGGAUGUCAAGCGACAUUGUUUAAUUACGUCAAGCUUCUGGAUCUGUCGAACAACACCAAGCUCACUGCGAAGGCUUUUCAAGGAGUUGAUUUGAGUCACUUAAACUCAUUGCGUUUGCAAUUGACGAAUGUGGACAUACUGAAGUUCUUAAAUAUCAGCAAUGUGAGUGGAGUACACGUCGACUUCUCUGGCACUGGUUUGAAGAAUAAAACUCAAAUCGAGAAACUCUGCGAACUACUAAAGAAAAAGCACAGCAUCAUAAAAAAUUUGAGAUUGGAUUAUAAUGGGAUUAGAAGUACAUCAUUUGCACUCCACUAUUGCCCUACAAUUACAAAGGCUUUAGAUUUAUCCCAUAACAACCUGAAAACCAUAAAGUGCCUCGGCUUUCUUGAUGGACAAGAAAAGAUCACAGAGCUCUAUGCAGAGCACAACCAUCUCACAUCCCUGUUACCCUGCAAAAACAAAAGCAAACCUGCUUUGAAUAAACUGGAAAAGUUGAGUUACCGCUACAAUCGUAUCCUCUCAGUGAGCGCAGACGCUUUUCAUCUCACUCCAAACAUAAAGACGCUGCAACUUAACAUAAAUAGUAUUGCAUUUUUUGACCACCAUGCCCUGAAAGGCUUAAAAAAGCUACAUGAGCUACGGCUGGAUAAUAAUCUCUUAACGGAUCUGUUCAAUGACACCUUUGCAAAUACUUACAACCUGAAAAUCCUUAAUCUGCGCAACAAUCGCAUUUCUGUCAUAUUUAACGGGACAUUCCACUACCUCAAAAAGUUAACAAUCUUGGAUCUGGGAGGCAAUAAGAUCACUCAAUUCCAGGCAGGCGGCUUUGAUGGCUUAACAAAUCUGUCAAAGCUCUACUUGGACGGAAACAACCUAAAACAGAUUGACACCUCUUUCUAUUACGCAUUCCAGGAUACUCUCCAAGUCCUGGAUUUAAAUAGUAACAAGAUCCGAUUUUUGAGGGACGACAAAAGCUCCCCUUUCAUGAACUUCAGCAAACUCACCGAUCUCAAACUGGGGUCGCAGCGGCCUCACGGUCUCACCAUUUUACCUCGCACUUUAUUCCGAGGCCUGCACUCACUGAAGUCUUUGUACCUCACCAACAACAAAAUCUCCCACAUUCCUCAUGAUGCCUUUGAUGAUUUGACUGGCUUACAUUUUCUCACCCUGGAUAACUGCUGCGUUGGGAGGGUGAACUUGCAACCAGGAGUCUUUAAGAAUCUAAGAAACUUGACCAAACUAGUCAUAGAAAAUAUGGGCCUUCAAAGUUUCACCCGGGAGGUUUUUGGGAACCUCACACAGCUGAGGAUCCUUCAGGCAAACCACAACGCGAUGCAGAGCAUUCCUGUAGACGUCCUGGAGAGUUUAACCAAACUCCAAUACCUCGACAUCCGUAAUGUUUCUCUGAGCUGCACCUGUGAGAACAUCUUAUUGCAAAACUACACCCUUCACAACCCCGAUCUCCAGGUAAUCUAUCUGUACAACCUUCAGUGUCCGGAGGAUAAAAGAAGGACAUUCUUUAACUUUAACACUGAAGUUUGUUUCAUAGAUUUAGAAAAGUACCUGUUCUUCUGCACUGCAGUUGUGAUCUUCCUGUUUACAGUCACUCCACUACUUCAUAUCAAACUCUACUGGAAAGUCAAGUAUGGAUACUAUGUUUUCCGCGCCUGGUUCAGUGACCAUUGGAGUAGAAUCAGAGACAAAGAGGAGAAUUGCCAAUAUGACGCAUUCAUCUCCUACAACUCCUCAGAUGAGGAGUGGGUCAUGGAUUAUUUGGUGCCUAACCUUGAGGGGAAUAAAUCCCCCUUUAAGCUCUGUCUGCAUCACAGAGACUUCGAAUUGGGUCGAGACAUCGUGGACAACAUAGUCAACGCAGUUUACAGCAGCAGGAAAACUGUUUGUGUGGUGAGCAGGAGCUUCCUGUGCAGUGAGUGGUGUUCCCUGGAGAUUCAGCUCGCCAGUUACAGACUCUUUGAUGAGCACAGAGACGUUCUCCUGCUCGUCUUCCUGGAGCCGAUCUCAGAGAGGCAGCUGUCAUCCUACCACCGCAUGAGGAAGGUCAUGCUAAAAAAGACGUAUCUACAGUGGCCCGGUCCGGACACCACUAAUCUUCUGCAAGCCCAAGAGCUGUUUUGGAGUCAGCUCCGGAGGGCAAUAAGGGCAGGGAACAGGCUGGAAACAGAAGAUGGAAUCCAGGAAUCCUAUGCAGCCACGGAUGAUCAAACUGAGAAGCCUUGUGAGGAUCAGACACCAGAUGAGAACUGUCCCUUGCUAGUAUAACUUUGUUUUUAUUUUUAAUAUUUAUAACAAUGAACCAAAUCAGUGUGUUGUAAACUGACUUUUUGAACUGCCAAGUGAUACAUUUAUGUUUUAUAGAAUAUCAAAUCAACAACAUAAUUAUGAUCUUUUUAGCUUUGAAAAUAAUUAUUUGUUACAAUGUC